AUGCAUCGCUUCGCCAUCAUCACCGCGGCAAUAAGCCUGCUAGCUGCGCAGGCCCUCGCGCAAUCCGGCCUCUACGCCGUCGCAGCAGCCAACACCACCACCGCCACCCCAGUCACCCAAACAAUAACCUACUACGACGAAGAAUGCACCUGCACCAAAACCUCCAUCACCAUCACCUCCUCCUCCUGCACCACCACCCCGACCGCUGCAUCCUGGUCCGCCCCUUACCAAUCCACCACCACCUGGUACGAUCACGAAUGCGGGUGCACCAAGUCCGCUGCCGUUCCCAUGCCGCCACCGGCGUCGAUAGGGAGUAACUAUACUGCGCCCGUGCAGCCGGCUAGUGUGCCCGCGACUAGCACGCCUGCUCCGGCUCCCGCGCUGGCUAGUUCGAGUGCGGUGCCCGAGCAGUAUACUGGGAAUGGAGGGGCGCCGAGGAUUACGCAGGCUGUGAUGGGGGUUGUGGGGGUCUUGGGCGCGGCUUUUAUGAUGGUGUAG